AUGUCUAAAGUCUCAGUCGCCAUUUUUGGAAUUGGUGGAUCCUUGGGUAAACCAAUUAUCGAUGCUUUUGAAACUGGUAAGUUCGACGACAAGAUCGAACUUCCUAUCAAGGUUGUAACCAGAAAGGAAUUGCCAUCCACCGACAGAAUUCAAUAUAUUGUUGGAAACUUGGACGAUGAACUGGUUGAUAGUUUGGCACAGAAAUUGGAUGGUACUGAUGUCGUUGUUGAAUUGCUUGCUCCAAACCCUGUUUUGUUCACAAUCGUCGAGAAGAUUGUUCAGAAGGUUAAGCCAAAGUUGUUCAUUCCUUCCGAAUUCGGUGUUGAUAUUGAUCAGGUCAACACCUAUAUCCCUGGAUUCUUGAAUUCAAAAAAGACUCAUGCCAAUAAUGUGAGAGGGUUUGGAAUUAAAACUGUCAGUGUUGUCACUGCUAUUUUUGCAGUUCCAGGCAGCAUAACUUACGAGUUGGUUGCACAAGUUGGAAUUGAUGUAAAGGAAAAGACCAUCACAAACUUUGGUGAUCCAAACACCAAGUUUACUGUUUCUAAGUUGGCAGACAUUGCUAAUUCUGUUCUCUCUUUGACUACUUUGGAUCCUCAAACUAUUCCCGACACCGUUAGAAUUCAGAGUGACGUAGUUUCCUUCCAGGAUGUUAUUGACAGAUAUGUUCAAACCCAUGAUGUUGAAUUGAAGGUAGUCAAGACAAUUCCUAAGGAAGAAGUUGCAAAGAAUGUUGCAGCCAAAUUUAGAAAUGGAUACGACAGAAGCGAAAUCUUUUUCUAUUUGCAAGCAAUUGCAUCUCAAGGAAUCGACAAGGGUUUGCACUUCAGUGAGAUCCACAACGAAUUAGUCAACCCAGGAGAAUCUCUCUGGAAGUGGGAGAAGUUUUAG